GGCGCUUCCAUCUGAGACUCGGGUCCGACGCCGUGGCUGUUGUGGCGUGGCGCACUUUUUCUGAAACCAGUCCGGUAUUUUUUUUUUUAACACAAAAGAUUUACCGGAGGGACUCACCGGAGCGGGCCUUUAUUUUCCUCCGUGAAACUUUGUGACGGGAAGCGCUGGAACCGGGUCACUGCCGCGACGGAAAGUUUGAAUCCGACUGAAAACUAUUUUAGGAGGAAGGAGUCAUGGCAGACAGCGAGGAGCAGCACGUCUCUUCCACCACCCCUCUGUUCAACGACGAGGUCCAUCACUACCAGGCCGAGCCGGAGCCAGAACCGGAGCCGGAACCAAAGCAGGAGCAUUUCAGCCUGGAUGACAUAGUGGACUUGGUCGGCGGGGCUCAGGAUGCCUUGGAGCGGCACAUGGCUGAAGACAGCGGCCCGCAGGAGCUCACGCAGACUUCUGUGGAGGAACCGGUAACGUUAUCCGAACCUGUUGUUCACAUUCCGGAACCGGAGGUAAAAGAACCAGAGCCGGAGGCAAAGGAACCAGAACCGGUGAUAAAAGAAGCAGAACCAGGGGUAAAAGAACCACCGUUGCUACAACAAACAGAACCAGAAGUAAAAGAACCAGAACCGGUGAUUAGGGAACCAGAGCCACUGGUAAAAGAACCUGAACCAGAGCCAGAACCCGUGCGUGCUGCUCCAGACUCCACGAGCUUCACCUUUGUUGCCCCAGAGCCGAGUGUUGUCCCCCCCAAAGCCGAACCGGAGAGUUCGAGCCUCGCUCCGGAGCCACAGGCGGAACCUGCCCCCGAGAGCGACGCCCUCCCAGCGGCCGAACCCCGGAAAGCUGCGCCAGCCCCCGCAGAGGCAGCAGAGCGGACUGCGGUCACACAUCACCCACCGGCUCCCACAUCGGAUGUUCCUCCUGCUUCUAAAGCUCAGCCUCCACUUCUGAUGCAAUUCCCUACAGAACUUGGGCAGAAGGGUGACUCCCCUGCUCCCAUCUCUCCUCUCUCUCCCCUCCACUCACCCGACUCUCUGGAAGAGCUCUCUCUGACCGAGAGUCCCAACCAGCCCUUCCCUACGGGAUCAGCUCCACCAUUGGGCUCCUUCUCCAGUGAACCCCACAAAACACUUUCCAAAGACAUGCCUUGGGAGGGAAAAGAGGGUGACUCUGGACCAGCCUAUAGUUCAGAUAAGGAAACUUGUCCUUACCUCAGUUUAGGGAAAUACCCAGGGCCUUAUAAUCCAUGUGAAGACAGCGGCGUUUCCUUUUCACCUGAAGAGAAGCUCAUUAGCUCAGACAGGUCCUCCACUGGCCCCUCCCCUGUGAACCCCCAGAUGAUGGUACCUGAGUCUCACCUUGCCUCCUCUAACCCAACAGAACACUGGGAUUCACCAUUCCUAGCAUCUCAAGACAACUCCAAGGUCUCCAUGGAUCCCUUCUCUAAGGACACAACCUCUGUUGGCUCAUCCAAACAUGUGCCAGACUUUCACGAUGACCAGUCUGAUGACGAGGAUGACCUAAUGUAUGAGGUGAAGAAGAAUAAUAACCCAUUUGAGAGUUAUUCUUCAAAGGCUGCGAACAGUUACUCUCAUUUUGGGGAGGCCCAGUCUGAUAACAAAGCAUCCAAGAUGUCAGAGAGUCCAACACCCGAUCUGGUCCAGUAUGGCCAAACUGAAGAAUCCCAGGAGAAUCUGUCAUCCUUCUUAGACGAGGGGAAACCAUUUGAAGGCAGUGAGCUAGCCUCUGAUUCACCCAUGCAUUCAAUGAACCUGUUCUCAUUGGGUCUCAAAGAUAAAGAAGAAGAGCAUUCUGUUAUUCCAACCUCCCUUCCUGAUAUCCUGAAGUCUUCCCCCCUCAACCCUGAAAAGGCUGAUUCUGGCUCCUCUGAAGGAAGUCCUGAGGAGCAGAGCCCCCUCUUUGAACGGAAGAUGAUGGAGUCUCCCAACCCGCCAAUCAACCUAUCGGCUAACAAUCCCUUCGCCUUUGAAACAAAAGUGUCCUUGCUCAAGGAGAUGACAGAAGAGAUGGAGGCACUGUCUACAGAUAAAGAAGACGAUGAAAAAACUUUUGGUGCAUUCGAUCUGGUGAAAGAGGCCGAAGAAACGAGCCCAACUAAGGUCAGUGAAGAAGAGCCUGUCAAGAUUGAGCAGAAAGAUUGGUUUUCAAGCCACGAUUCUCCCAAAAUGAUGAGCAAGUUUGAGCCGCUUGAUUUCCAGAGCAAGAAGACCGACAUUCAGGAUUCUGAUUCCGAGUCCCCAACAGCAGACUCCCUGUCUCCUGUCUUGGAGGCCAUGGCCAAGAAUCCCGCCAGCUUUCAGAUAGAAACAGAGAAGGAAGAUCUUAAGAUGGAGAUGGAAGAGCCCGAGGUGGCUGAAGAAGUUUCUGAGCAUGAAGUUUCUUCAGAGGAAUUUGAGUUUAUUGAGAGACCACCAAGAGGUGUUAUUGAUGAGUUUCUUGAAGCCCUGGAUACAUCAAAGUUUGCUUCCUCCAAGGUCCCAGAAGUUCCCAUUGAUGAUGAUCUAAGCUUUGGCCAAAAGGAGGCAGGUGCUGCCAUGCCUCUCACUAAAACCACUCCCCCCCUGGAGGCUGAAGAAGAGGCUUCAAGCGAGAGCUCCUACCACCUCCUCACUCAAGCCUCCCCCCAGAAGAGCAAAGCCGACCUGGAGAGGCACAACAACCAGCAGCUCUCCACCCAAGCUCCCACUGUUUCCCCUGCCAGCAAACCAGGGGACACACCCGCCAAGAAGAGUGUGGAUGGGGUCACGCUCUUUAAGAUGCCAAACCUGAACAUAAGAGCAGUGGUGGAUCUCCUGUACUGGCGCGAUGUGAAGAACACAGGUGUGGUGUUUGGCGCCGCCCUGCUGCUGCUUCUCUCCCUGACCAUGUGCAGCAUCGUGAGCGUGUGCUCCUACAUCGGCCUGGCCCUGCUGUCCGUCACCAUCUGCUUCAGGAUAUACAAGGGAAUCCUGCAGGCCAUCCAGAAGUCUGAUGAGGGACACCCAUUCAAGCAGUACCUUGACCAGGAGGUGGCGCUGUCUGAGGAGAUGGUCCACAAGUACAGUGAUGUGGCUCUGUCCAAACUCAACAAGACCAUUGGUGAACUGAGGCGUGUGUUCCUGGUGGAGGACCUGGUCGACUCCAUCAAGUUUGCUGUCCUGAUGUGGAUCCUGACCUACGUGGGCGCUUUUUUCAAUGGGCUCACUCUGAUUAUUCUAGGCCUGAUUGCUGCAUUCACCUGUCCGAUUGUCUACGAGAAACACCAGGCUCAGAUCGAUCACUACGUGGCUCUGGUCAACAACCAAGUCAAAGACGUCGUUGGAAAGAUCCAGGCGAAGGUUCCUGGAAUGAAACGCAAAGCGGAGUGAAGAAAAGCAAAGUCAAAGUUUGGAUUCUGGAAGUUCGGAUCGGGAUGGUUUGAUGGAAGGAGGGGGGGAGGGAGGGGGGCAGGGAGAGAGGAGGUGUGUCGGACAUGAAGGAAGGCUGGAGGAGGGAGGGGUCUGGCGAGGACGCGGCCCUUCUUAAUGUAUUUGUCCGAAUAAAAACAGAUUUUUUUCCAGUUCAGAAUUCCUUUUUUCGUGCGUAUAUUUCCUGGAUCGGUCCGGACUGCGAGCUCGGCUCGUCGGCGUUCGUCUCCCCGGUUUAUUUUUUGAAGCUUUGAGAUGUUUUCAGUGAGGUGCCAGCACCCAGAUGGGUGUUUUAGACUUGAAUAACCCCUGCCCACCCAGUGCAUUGUGGGAGGUCAGGAUCUCCUCCAGCCGGAUUUUUUUUUCUUCCUUUUCCCGCUCGUGAACAGUAGCGAGGAAGAUGAGCUCCUCGCUACGUUUAUCCUAGGAAUGUUUUUAGCUGUAUCGUGAUUUUUGUUUUUCUUUUUUUUUCUCUUCCUUCUCUGAUCGUACCUGAAGCGUCGAGCUCGUUUUCCUCGGGGAUCUGGUCGUGCCCCCACGUCUGAGGAGGGGGGAGGGGGGUGGGGCUGUACUAAAAAUCUUCAUCGCUUCUGAGUAACUGUAGCUAGAAACAUCUAGGAAUCUUUCAGCAGACAAAACUCAUUAACCACAUGAACGUCGUUUACACUCUUCAUCGGAACAUGUGUAUUAUUCUUCAGCAGGCGGAGGGAAAACAAGCGUGCGCGUGGAGCCCACGUCUUCUUGACGCUGCCGCUCCAUGUGACUUUGGAAAACUCUUCAAGCAUUUGUUUGUAAUGCAAGUUUAAUUGUGAAUGAUCAACUUCUUCAUACUUCAAUUGUGACGAUGAAAAGCUCCCAGCUGGGAGUCGUGUUUGUGGAAUGCAUUGUGAGAUGUAAACAGUUAUCAAUAAAGCUUCUAGACGAAGACG